AUGAAAGAUCCAGACUCCAAGAGACGCUGCGACCUCGCGCCAGGCAUCCAGCGCAGCUGGUCGUCACGGCGACGCGACGCGAAGCCCCGGCCUGGCGUGGCGCCUCUUCACAGCAUGGCCUGGGCUGGAGUCGUGAGCUCCACUGCUCCUCGCUCUGGACUCAUUGAAGUUCGCGGCACUUGUCGAGGCUCAGGAGACGACGGCCUGGAUCAGUGUCAAUGUGAUGAGCAGGACUCGCUCCUGCACGGUUUCACGUCGCCUCACGAGCUUGUUGACGUGGGCCCCGGGUCCUUUGUUCUGGGGAAGGUGGGCCCCGAGAUCCAAGAGGUUGAGAGCCCGGCAGCUCUGGGUCUGGGGGAGGACUCGCUCCAGAGGUCCCAGGUGCAGCGAGGCGCCCCAGUCUCCCUCACACCUGCUCCUUCUCCUGGAGGAACCGGGGCUCCACCAGAGUCGGUCAGGCUCACCGCCGGCCGCUUUGACCCCUCUCUGUCCCUGUUGUUGGGUCUGACCAGGGCCAGGAGUGAUGGAUGGGCAGGAAUCAGGGUCAGAACCAGGGCGUCGCUCUGGUCCGAGGCUCAGGUUUCGCCAGUGAAAGUCAAACACAUGAGGCCCAUUCUCGCUACUCUCAAAGGAGCCACAGAAACCCGAUCCACUCCGCAGCACCGGCGCAGCCUGGUUUCCACGGCCACACCCGAGUGCCGGGAAGAGGUCCGCUCCAUGGCCGGCCCCGGCUCGGAACCGGGCACCGGUGCCGUCAGCAGGGGGUCCGCGCGGGUCCGACCACCUGGACACCCCGACUUGAGCGGGGGUGACAGGCUGGCGCCGACUCUGGCUUCCUGCCAUCCGUCCUCACCGUCUCGGCUCCGGAGAGAAGAAAGAGGCUCUUACCUCACUGGGCCGCGGGGGGGGCGGAGUCCAGCCGCUUUAUUAGCCGCCGGCCGGGCCAGCGCCGGAGCAGCGCCGGAGCCUUCCACCUGGGUGAGUUCCUCAUCGUCAUCAUCAUCGUCAUCAUGGCUGUGGCUGGGUGGAGGCUUCACCUCCCAACUUGUGUCUCUCCAGAACAUGCAGAACCUCCACAUCCUCCUGAUGAUGCUCUCGCUUCCUGUGGCGGCGGUGAUGCCCGAGCUCUUCCCGCCGGAGCCGCCCACGGGAGCCGGACGCUUCUUUCCCGGCACUGAGAACCUGGCGGAGCAAGCGGUCUCCAUGGAAGCCUACUGCCAGCGGCUGCCCGAGGACCAGAUGCCCUGGUUCUGCCAGUGCACUCACUGCAAGACAACGCCGGGACCCAAGGGAGACCGCGGAGACCGGGGUCUACCAGGAGCGCCGGGAAGUCCAGGACCAAGAGGACUGACGGGGUUCCGAGGUCCUCCGGGAUUCAUGGGUCGACAAGGCAUCAAAGGUCAGAAAGGGGACGAGGGCGAGAAGGGGAGCCGCGGUCUCCAGGGAUCAGUGGGACCGAAGGGGGCCAGAGGUUUCAAAGGGGACAAAGGUGAGCCAGGAGUAGAGGGGCCCCCAGGAGAGCCGGGUCCCAAAGGAGAUGAGGGUGUGUGUCCUGAUUCUUGUCAGGCCAUCGAGGGACCUCCAGGACAGGCUGGACUCCCCGGUCCCGCCGGGCCCCGCGGUCUGCCGGGCACCCAAGGGCAGCGCGGCCCUCAGGGCAGUAAGGGGGAGACGGGUGACGCGGGACUCCCCGGAGAGCCGGGCCAUGAGGGGGAGAAGGGGGAGAGAGGGGCGCAGGGCCAGUGCAACUGCACCGACGGAGCGGACGGAGCCCCGGGAGGUGCGGGAGCCAAGGGGGAGAAGGGGGAGGCGGGGCAGGCGGGGAGGGAGGGACAAGCAGGGCCCCAGGGUGCGAAGGGAGAGCCAGGCAUGAUGGGGGCAGCGGGGCCCCCGGGGCCCUGCUCACCCAUGGUCAAGGCGGCCUUCUCCGUGGGCCUGACCAGCAGCUACCCGCCGCCCGACACCCCGGUCCUCUUCGGCCACGUCUUUUACAACCUGCAGGGGAGCUACGACGCCGCCACCGGCAUCUUCCGCGCCCCUGUCAACGGCACCUACGUCUUCAGCUACCACCUGACGGUCUACGAGCGCGUGCUGGUGGUGGGCAUCUUCGUCAACCAGCUGCCCGCCGCCAUCACCACGGACCCCAACGUGCUGGGCGUCACCUCGCACACGGUGCUGCUGCACCUGGUGCGCGGCGACAUGGUGUGGGUCCAGGUGAAGAACCAGCUCACCAACGGCAUGUUCGCCGGCUCCGAGGCCUCCAGCACCUUCUCCGGCUUCCUGCUGCACCCGGACUCUUGCGAGGCGGCCGCGUACCGGACGCCUCCGCUGCUGGAGGAGCGCUCCGUGCCCAGCUCCUUCCCCUGGAGCAGCCUGCCCGGCACGGACCUGCCCGAGCCGCCCACCGCUGGCUCGCAGUAG